GGUAUGAAGAUUUUGUUUGGGCGUUCUGUAAAAGAACUAUGACCUGAUAAAACUAAAUGGAAAAAUAAUGACAGCGAUAUACUGCCAUCCCUAGAGUAAUUAGGAGCAUAUGAAAGAUAAGACAAGGCACUGAACUAAUGAAUUAGUGAAAUAUAUGUUAUAGACUGCAGAAGAUGUAGCUUUGCUGUUUAACUACUGAAUUCUUACAGAAUAUUCUAAAUGAUUUUCAAGAGUGGAUUACAUGUCAUUGUCAAGAUAACCAUCAUUUUAAUUGUGGGCUCUAUAGAAUCACGCGCUAAUGAGGACUUCGUGCUGCUGAACUCCACUACGUCACUUUCUAUCCUAGAGGUUCAUCUACCACAGUGGCCUCCGCUGACAAACACGGGUUACCAACUUCCUGACAGUCCUAUUGGAUAUGAAGUGCCGUGUGGCGUGAGGAACGGCGAGGCGGUCCGUAUUGUAGGAGGCUCAAGUGUGACCCCAGGUGAGUUUCCGUGGCAGGUGUCACUGCAGUUGGUGUCGGGCUGGACAGCGCGCCACAUAUGCGGCGGUGUCGUACUCGCCAACUACUGGGUACUCACCGCGGGGCACUGCACUGCAGGACUCUCACCCACUGCCUUGUCCGUCGUGGCGGGCGACAACGAUCUGUACACGGAGGAAGGACGGGAACAACGGUCUUACGUAAUCCGGGUGGUAACCACGAACUUCGCCAUCAAUAAUUUCUCAAAUGAUAUCGCUCUUCUUCAACUGAAGAAACCGCUGCAUCUGGACGGCGAACGCAUCGCUCCUGUGUGUCUACCGCAGCCCGGAGAAAAAUUCAUUGACGGUUACGGUAUCGUGACGGGAUGGGGUCGGCUGACGGAAAACGGCAAUCUGCCGCAUCUACUGCAGAUGGUAUCAUUGCCGAUCAUUCCGACGUCCGAGUGCCACGACAUGUACGAGAAGCUUGGGUACGCCAAAUACCUGAACCAGUGUCAGCUUUGCGGUGGCUUCGAGGAAGGAGGCAGCGAUUCUUGCCAGGGUGAUUCCGGUGGCCCGUUGGUGUGCCUGCACACCGACGGCCUCUAUUAUCUAUGUGGCGUAGUGAGCUGGGGUAUCGGCUGUGCUCGCCCCAACCUGCCCGGCAUCUACACAGAAGUGUCUUGUUUCUCCGACUGGAUCAGGUCGAUUCUGUACAACGAAGACGAUAUCCUCGGCUCGUCCCCAGCCGACCGCUAAGUUGCAUUAAAUAAAGCUCAAAUUAUCGCAGUUAGUGAAUCACUCUGAUUCUGAAAGUAUAAAAUCUAAACGACAAUAAAAAAUUUUAAAUUAAGAGCAUAAUUCUGCGUAAUGUGCCAACCUUUCACGAACAACCCACGUUGCAGAGUGAAUAAAGUCCUGAUUAUCAGAUCUACAUGCAAAAAAGGUAUGAAAGUUGAGAUUUAAGAUUAUCACGGCGGCGAGUACAUGAAUAGAUGAAUUCUGGGUUGUUGGGCCAUGCAUUCUGGUAGUAGUUUACCAGAGUUUUAAAAGUU